AUGAACAAAGCCAAUGCAUGUAUAACUCGUCUAGCGAGGAACUUUGUGACCUCGCAUGUAUCUUUAAAUAGUGCCCCAAAAUCGUCUUGCAAAGCAGGAACUGUCUUGAAUUUGAAAAUUAAAAAAAGUGGUGAUGAACCGAUUGCAUUAGAGGAUUCAGAAUACCCAGAUUGGUUGUGGGAUUGCCUCGACAAGCUGAAAGUAGAUGCCAAGUUGAAAGAGACUGAUUUCAUGAAGUGGAGGAGGAAACACCUUACUAAGGCGAAUACCAAGAAAAUCAACUACAACAACUUCAUUUCGAAGAUGUGA